AAUCCUAUAAAUUUACUAGUUUAGUUUACUAAACAACGCGUCGACCGCGUCGAUUGCGUCUCCGAAAAUGUUAUGUUGAUUUUAUCAGAUUUUACGUAUUUAUUGAAAAUAUUUGGGGACACAAAGUUCGAAUUUCAUCAGUUUGCGAAGGCAAUACCGAAGACGUAGAAUCAAGAAUUGUAGCUGGCUUUUUUUUUUUAAUUGCUGCUGUGUCGGCAACUAUGCUGAUGUGGCUGAGUUAUCAGCUUUUUGUGCUGACCAGUUGGAAUUCAACUUUAAUUGAUUGAAGGUCUUAGUCUCAGAUUCUUAGAAAUGGAUUUACGUAAUGAUAUUAAGAAAGUAACAUCGCUUACUUCCGUUGACCAUAAUGCAAAAUUCUAUCGGCUACAUGGAUUAAGCCAGGCUGCAAAGGAUAAAAAAAUGAAUGAAAGGAUAUUGAAGAAACCACGAAACAUAGAGUUAAUAGAUGACUCCUCUAUGGAUGAAGAUAGUGAUGAUUGCAUGGAAACUAUAAAUAAUAAAGUGAAACCUCCCUUUGAUAAACAUGAAGUCUCUGCUGCCAUUAGAGAGGUAAAUGGUGGUCGUGAUCUUUCAAAUAAACAUUUUGAAGAGAAUUUUUGGAAACAACUUCAAGAUGAGGCAAAGUCUGAAAAAAAAAAAUCUCAAACUCUUUCUAAAAAUGAUAAUGUGGAAACAAAUCAAUCUGAGGAUUUAAACAAUAAAUGUGUUAAGGAGAACAAAUUGUUAAAAAAUGCUGCAAUUAUGGGUCUUGUAAAUACCAAAAUAAUUUCAUUACAAGAUAUAAAUAUUUUUUAUAAUAAUAACUCAGCAAAGGAGAAAAACGAAUUGAAACCUUUGCAUGAAAUCGCAAUGGGUGUAUCCAAUGAAUGUAUACCAGAUAAUAGUGAAUACAAAGUGGAAUCAAUUCCUCUUCGUGAAGAUCCUGAAAUCUUUGUUCACCCUUUACAAAUAGGAAUAAAUAAAAAACAAUUUAAAGAUAUCGAUUUUAGUAUACCAAGUAUUGCCAAGAAGAAAAAAGUGACACCGGCAGGUCACUUUCUUGAAGCAAAUGACGAUUCUCACUUUGAAUUUGUAAAGAAAAAAAAUAGUACAACAUAAUAGAUGUAGAUAUCAUAGAUAAUGUUUUUAUGUAUACUAAGAAACAAUGCAGGUACAAUUAGAUAUACAAAAGAUAAUGAUAAUAUUGUAAUAAAUUAAAUGAUUAUCUAAUUGCUUACAUUUGUAAAAACUCAAAAUUGUACGUAUGUGAAAUUAUGUGUGAGAUUAUGCCGAAAAUAAUUAUAAAUAAUAAAUGCUAUAAUGCAAUACUGCUGAUAGGUUACUAAUGGAAUAUAUUUGCUAGUAAAUAAUAGAUAAAAAUAAAACAAACAAGUGGAUACAAUACUGUUGAGAAUAUGCGAGAAACAAAAUUUUAAAAAUAUCUUUAAAUAUGGUAUUUAAGUGUUUGUAAGUGCUGUGUUAAAACAUUGUUAUAUGUGAAGUAGCAGAAUAUUUUGUUACACAUAUUACGUAUAUAAUCUACAAUGUAACUGUGCAACAUAUAGUAACGAUGUAACAUGCUAAUAAUGUUGUGUUACUGUUUUUUGAAGCUAAAAGAUUAAAAAUAAAUAUGAAACUAUAUUAAAAAUAAUAAAAUAAAUAUUAAAUAAUAAAAUUUAUAAUAUCACUGAUCUCAAAUGGAUUUUUUAUAAUGUAAAAUUAAAAAUUAAAUGUGUAAUAUCUUGUAGAAGUUUCGAUAAAAUGUUGAUAAUUGUUGCAACAAAGAUUUUAAAUCUUAAAGUUUGGUUGUCUGCAGAUAUAAAUAACUAAUUCUCUAAUGAUAAAUUUUUUAUAUUUUAAAUUUGAUUUUAUACGCUGUGUUUUGAUUAUUUUUUACCUUUUUUCAAUAUACAAAAAAUGGAUAAAGAAAGUAAAUAAUAGUAUGAAAUCGUUCGUUGUCGCUGUAAAUUCCUUGUAAAGCUAUAAAAUAGACGUAUGGUGUAAAAUAGAAGUGUGGUGUAUUCAAUAUCAAUAUUUUAGAUUUUUAGAAGAUUGGAGACUCAAGUAAAAAUAAGAUAAUUUUAAUUUUUUUAGAAAAGUUUGAUUAAUUCUUUAAAAAAUUUUUAGUAUUUUUUCGUGUACAUACAUUACUAAAUGUAAAAAAAUUUUAUGUUAAUCUUUGGCAGAGUUGUAAAAGUCUGCCUUCACAGCCUCGACACUGACGUUGCUGAUUGACGUGUAGUCUAGAGUUUUAUGAUUUUAUCCCGAAAUAAAAAAUCAAAUA